CUGCUAACUCCUAGCACCCCAGUGCAGAGAGCAGCUAAAGGGAAUGUGAGGUGGCCCCCAGUUGCUGUGGAACGGAAACAGCUGAGUGACAGGCUGCUGGAAUGCUACGUGUUCUCCGGGCAUUGUUGACGCGGGCGUGCGUCAGAGACACACCUGAGCGGCGCGUUGAACGCUUGGAGCCUGCAGCAUCAGCUGCUGCUUCCUGUCCCUACAGCCCACUCAACACAGGUAUCAGCAACAUCUGGUUUUAAUGAAACAUGGAUCAUCCAGACUAUGGGUAUGCUCGAGAACUUUAUAGUCGGUAUGUCCGAAACCAGGACAGUUCAGUCGUAAACAAAAUGCAACAAAGGUAUUGGAAGACAAAGCAAACAUUUAUUAAAGUAACUGGAAAGAAAGAAGAUGAGCAUGUUGUUGCAUCAGAUGCCGACCUUGACUCUAAAUUAGAGAUAUUCCAUUCCAUCCAGAGAACAUGUAUGGAACUUCUGAAGAUCAUUGAACAGUACCAGAAACGGAUUUGUUUUUUAUCUCAGGAAGAAAAUGAAUUGGGACGAUUCCUUAGAUCACAGGGUUCACAGGAUAAAACCAGAGCAGGGAAAAUGAUGCAGGCAUCUGGAAAAGCACUAUGUUUCUCUUCACAACAAAGAUUGGCACUUCGCAGUCCUUUAUGUCGGCUGUACCAGGAGGUCGAAACUUUUAGGUACCGUGCCAUUUCUGAUACUUGGUUGACUGUGAACCGUAUGGAACAGUCUCGCACAGAAUAUCGGGGAGCAUUACUGUGGAUGAAAGAUGUUUCUCAGGAAUUGGAUCCUGAUAUGUAUAAGCAUCUUGAAAAGUUUAGGAAGGUCCAGGGCCAAGUUCGUCAUGCGAAGAUUCACUUUGACAAACUAAAGAAUGAUGUGUGCCAGAAAGUGGACCUUCUUGGAGCAAGUCGAUGCAAUCUUCUUUCUCAUAUUUUAGCAACAUAUCAGACAACAUUACUCCAUUUCUGGGAAAAGACAUCUCACACAAUGGCAGCUAUUCAUGAAAGUUUCAAAGGCUACCAGCCAUAUGAAUUUGCAAUGUUGAAGGUUUUGCAAGGACCUGUAAAUAAAUUGAUAGAGCAAGCAUCACAGGAAGAUAAUGAUGCAAAGGUAGAUGUGGCAAAGGAUGCAUCUGACAAGGAUAAUGAACUUAUCUCAUUAGAAGAAGAAAAGGAGGAUCAAGAAUGCAGCGCUUCAGAAACUCCUCUUUCCCUUGUAAUGGAAAACGAUACCUUUUCACCUUUGGAGCCAAUGUCUUCAAGCAAUCAACAUAAAUCAGAGUCUAUAGAUGAUUUGUUAGAUUUGAAAAAGGAAGAAAAAGAAUCUCUCUCUGUGAGUGCCUCAACAGGUCUGCUGACCAAUCCCAUGGAAUCUCGCACAAAUGAGAAGGAUGAAAUGGCACUACUGAAUGAAAUCCUAAAUGGUACUUCACUUGAGGAAGGUGACUUUAGCAAGGAAUGGCAGGCAGUAUUUGGAGAAGAUCUCAGUUUCCCCAACAAUCCAGCAGCUGGAGAAUCAGACCAAUUGCCAUCACCUUCAGGCUUCCUUCCUUCUCAGUUGUUUGACAAAAGCUUGGGUAAUGCAUCAUUUUCAGUUGCCAGUUGGGCAGCAGCUGGUGGUAGUUCUCAGCCUACAUCCCAAACUACAGAACAAAUAAAUGGAUUGAUCGAAAACAUCAAUAAGAAUCCAUUCAAAGCUGCUCAGAAAAACCCAACUGACCUGUCUACGUGGUUUAAUCUUUUUGCUGAUUUGGACCCAUUAUCAAACCCAGAUGCUAUUGGACGAACUGACAAACAGCAUGAACUUCUUAAUGCAUGACACAUACCUAAAUAUCCAAUUGUCUGUAAUCACGACUAUAAUAUUGUAAUCUUUAGUAAAUCUAUCACUUGAGUA